ACCUGCACAGUCACAAUGGCCAAGGCCUUAAAUACCCCACACUCGGGGCCUCUGGGCCUUGCAAAGCCCCUCCUUUUGGCAGAAAUUACAAUGUCGACCAGCCGUAAAGCAAAGAGCCAUGGCAUGAGGAGGGGCAAGAGCCGAGCUCCUCACAAGGGAGUCAAGAGAGGUGGCAACAAGAGAAAAUACCAGAAGGGCAGCCUGAAGAAUAGAAAGCGAGAUGAUGGUGAGUAAGGGAUGAGCAGCCAAACGUGGGGGAGCUGGAUGUCCCAGGCUGCCCCUGCUGGAGUUAACUCUCACAGGAGCCUCACACUCAGCCUGAGGACUUCAUUUCUGAUUACAUUCACGUGUGGGCAGCAAGAGGCUGCAUGGGUGUGUUCUAACUGGUGUCCCCGUUGCAAAUAUGUCCUUCCCCCACAGGCAAACGCCAUUACUGCUCCCACUUGUGAUCCCACCCACGGGCUCUGCUGUGCUGGGCUUCAAACCACACCAGGCAGCCAAGAGCGCAGAAGGGGAGUACCAAAGAGAUGUGAAGUCAGAUCAAAGCCAGAGAAGACCCUAUCCUGUGGGUAAAAUCCAACUGUAAUGAAAUGAGGAAUGUAUAUGUUGGUUGUUU